CAUGGCGCACAAAGCCAAAGAUAGAGUAACAAAUCAGGAAUUUCCCUCCUGCCACUCCUGAGAGCGCAAGAGCGGACAAAAGUUACGGAUUAAGUGCUCCUCAUCGGAGAGAAAAGGGACACGAAGGGAAAAAGAAGAUAAUUUUCUUCAGUGUUUUUGUCCAGGUUUUUCAUCAGUUCACACUUUUCCGACCGCCUUGAAGACACUUUUGGAAAAUAGUUGCUUUUCCUGUCAUUAUGUCUGCGGACGCAUCAGUUUGGCAAGAUGACCUCUUUUAGAGCUGUCUGUGGAAGUAAAGGCGCACCGCACAAAAACAGCGUUUGUCAAGAACACGGUGGCUCUCAAGUUGGUGUUUUAUAACUUUUUCAGCUGCUGUUGCUGCUCACUUUUUUUUUUUUUUUUUUUUUUUUAAAGCUGCUGAGUCUCUUGAUGGCGUAGGUGGUGGCAAGACUGUUAAAACACUUUCUUGGCCUCGGAUUUUAUAUUUAUAAAGCAAUUACUGAAGGAUUAUGUGCGUAAAAACAACCCGGAGUGCGUAAAAUCCAGUAAAAAAAAAAAAAAAAAAUCACCAUUAUCACUUUUGAGGAAGGAAAAUGCGGAGUGAAAGAGGCGUCUAGAAGGAUGCUGCUGCUUGUACAAUGGAACUGAAGAACUGUUUUGCUGUUGUUGCGCUGGUUUGUCUGUAUUUUUGCUCAACUUUCAGCCAAGAACUCAACCUUAAAGGCAAGAAUGUAUGCAAAGCACCUGGGUCGUCAGGAUCGGUGUGCUGCAGUGGAUGGGGGCAGCUAGGGGACGAAUGCCUGACACCUCUCUGCGAAGGAAACUUCACCUGCAAGGAAAAGGAGGUGUGUGUCAGGCCCAAUGAAUGCCGCUGCCGACAUGGAUAUUUUGGAGCCAGCUGUGACACUAAAUGUCCUGCUCAGUUUUGGGGUCCUGACUGCAAGGGGAAAUGUAACUGUUACCCCAAUGGCCAGUGUGAUGACUUUACCGGAGCGUGUACCUGCAACCAUAACCGUUGGGGUCCUAACUGUGAGAAUGCGUGUCUUUGCCAAAAAGGAAAGUGUGACCAAGACACGGGCAAAUGCACAUGCCACCCUGGCGCCUGGGGUCCCCAGUGCAACAACAACUGCUACUGUAGUGUCAACUCAGUAUGCGACGCGAUGACAGGACGGUGCCAGUGCAACCCCGGCUGGACGGGAAGGAACUGCGCCAUCCAAUGUAACUGCAAUAACUCACCGUGUGACCAGUUCACAGGACGCUGCCAGUGUCGGGAGCGUCUGUGGGGCCCAAGGUGUGAACGAUACUGUCAGUGCAUCCACGGCAAGUGCAACCAGGCGGACGGCUCAUGUACCUGCACACCGGGGUACCGUGGGAAGUUCUGCAGGGAACCGUGUCCGGCCGGGUUCUACGGUCAGAACUGCAGGAACAGGUGUGGGCAUUGUAAGGGCCAACAGCCUUGUAAGGUGACAGAAGGACGCUGCAUCACCUGUGAUAGAGGCUGGAACGGGACACGGUGUGAUCAGCUUUGCUUUAAAGGUUUCUUUGGGGAAAACUGCCAAGAAGUGUGUCCCACCUGUAAAGACGGUCACCACUGCGACCCUAUUCACGGCAAAUGCUCUCACUGUAACCCCGGCUGGAUUGGAGACAGGUGUGAGGUGCGCUGCCCCAACGGCACGUAUGGCGAGAACUGCGAGAACAACUGCAGUCACUGCUUUAAUGGUAUCUGUCACAUUGUCACUGGGGAGUGCUUGUGUGACCCGGGCUUUUAUGGAACCUACUGUAAUAUGACCUGCCAACGUGGACAGUACGGAGUGAACUGCAACCAAACCUGCUCUUGCCAUGACAAGAACUGUGAUCCUGUGUCCGGUGCCUGUUAUCUCCAGCCUAACCAGCGGAUGGGUGUGAUCGCUGCUGGAACCCUGGUCUCCUUUUUACUCAUUGUCCUUCUCUCACUGUUGUGCUGCUGCUGCCUCUGUCAACACAAAGAUGACCACAACAAAAAAGCCAAGCGGAUCCUGUGUGGACGAUUCAGCCGAAUCAGCACUAAACUCCCCCGUAUUCCACUGAGGCGACAGAAACUGCCCAAAGUAGUCGUAGCCCACCACGACCCGGAGAACACCUUCAACUGCAGCUUCAUCGAGCCGCCGUCGGUGGCCGAGCAGCCCUCCCCCUCCUCUUGGUCGUCCCAGGAGUCUUUCUCUUCCUUUGAGAGCGGAGACGAGGGGCCAGUUUACUGUGUGCCCCACGAAGAGUCUGUGAAUGAAAGCAAGGAGAAGCAAAGUCCCAGCGCACAAACAGAAAAGUCAGAAGCCGUUCCUAAUGAAGACGAUGCAGGAGAGUACACCUCCCUGAAAGAUACCAGUGUCACAAAACCAGAGGGCAGUGAGCAACCCCUGCUGAAAUCCUCCGAUUCCAGUGAAGGCUCCACCAGCGGCUCUGAGUCCACCACUACAGGCCUCUACGCCCGCAUCGCACGUCUGUCCAAGCAGUCCAAAGAGGAUGAGGGCAGCGGCAAAGAUGGGGACAGCACUCCUACACCCGAGGCCAAGCGCAACGGAAAGCCUCCACCUUCACCUGGCAAACCCAAACCACGCCCACCAGACCCAUCCACUAAGCCCAAAGUGUCGUGGAUCCACGGCAACACUACCACUCCACAGCCAGAGCAGCAGGGGCAAAUGAAGGUGCUGGCAGUGCCGAAAGAGAAGAAGAGGAGUUCCAGUGAUGGCUCAGCCAAAAGUGAGGAGCGACAGAAAAUGAAGGAGAAGAGCCAUGAGCAGCAGAAGAAAGCAGAGGCGAAGGAGGCCGACGCUAAUGGCUCCCCCAGCAAGCACAAACCUCUGCGAGGUAAGAAGUCUGGAGAGGAGCACAGCAGUCCCAGUCACAUGGAGCACAUCAACGGAGUGGUUCAAAAUGCACUUAAGAAGAUUAGUAACUUCCACAGCUCAUCAUCAGAGAAGAAAAGUGCUGAAAGUCAGAAAGAGACCCCCAAGGAGCCUCCAAAAGUUAUUCAUCCUCAUAUGAACUCCGAGGCUGCCACGCUUCUGGCUGCUCAGCUCAAAGAGAAAACACAAAGCAUCAACAGGAAUGAGGGGACGGGCCUUACGAAAACAAACGGUCUGUCCACACCAAAAGGCAAUCGGGAGAAGCCCACUCCUCCACAGAAGGCCAAGAGGACCUCCUCAACUGGCAUGAACCAGCAGGGCUCAAACAAGCCCCUGCUGCCCACCUCAAGCAGCCUCCAGAAGAUGGUUGCACCAGUCACAACCGACCCUGGGACCCCUGAAGUCAAGAGCCCGGAGAAGCAGGACUUGAACGGCUCAAAGACAGGGGACUCAGCGUUGGAUCCCACACCAAAGAAGACUCCCAUAAAAAAGCCACCCAGGAAGAAAGGCAAAGAGGGCACUUUGGAAACAUCGGAAACUAAGACACCCCAGCAAAAGACGGCCAUUAUGCCACCGCAGAUUGUGAAAUAAAUUUUUUUGGCAAGACAUUUGGCAAAAGUUUGCAAUGGAUUUCAAAGAGACUAAAAUGGCCUUUUUCCCAAAGGUGAACCACAAAACUUUUCAAACCAGGAGUUUAAACAUAUUUCUGUGAGUGUGCUGAGACUCCAGGACCAGUCAAGAAGGAAAAAUACUUUUAAAAAGAGAGCACAAAGAGAAUAGUACUGGUAAGUUUGACUAUAAUGACCUCUAUACGCCAUUGUAUUUCAUUUCAAGAAUCAUUUUUCAUAUAACAACUAUGCAUCAAUCUUAAACCACAACCUGUGGCUAAGCCGGACACAACUGUGAGAACAGUGACGAAAGAAACCCAAGGUUCGUUCAUCUCCAUCUCUGCAGUAUGUCCACCACUAUAUUUAUAUACGGAUUGCUUUGGAAUUUGUAUAACUGUACUUCGCAAUGAAAAAUACCGAUUUCGAUGUUUUCCACAGGUACUAAAGGUACUAAAAAUAGACAAUUAGGUCCAAGCUAAUUCCUGUUUUGUUUUGUUUUUUUCUUUUAAAUCGACCAGCAUAUUGAGCAUUACAACAAUCCUUCGCUUUGUAGUAACUGUGUCAAACAACGCUGUAGGAAAAUAUAUCAAAAUAUGGUUCUAGCACAUUUCAGAUCCACAUAAAGCCCCAGAACAAAUGGUAUCUUAAACCCACAAAAUCUAAACCCUCAAAGGACACACAUUUUGCUACGUUUAUCCACCACACCUAUGAAUCACCUUCAAUUCCCUCCCAACUGUCAUGUUUGUUUCAAGGAUUCUCUACAAAAGAGUUUUAGGAUUUGGCGUCUUAGGUCUCUUUCUCUGCCAUUCAUGGUUUGUUGAAGGCCAUACACAGCUUUUGAUCUUGUAGAAAAGAGUCUGUUUUAAACCUCUUCUUCUAAAACCAAAUCACCACAAUGUGCUCUUACUGUAUGUUUUAUUCCGUCAGCUAAACCACUAAACCAAAAAAAAUGAAAUCCUAAGCUAUCCUGAGUCCUCACAUUAUGUCAUGCCUUUAAAUCACCUUAACGAGGCGUAAUGUAGGACAAAAUGUUACCUUCUCUGUCAAUCAAAUCCAAUAGCUAGUUUUGUUCAAGCAAUGGCUGUUAGUGUAACUUCAUGCACAACAGUAUGUGAUCAAGUCAUUUAGUCGCCUGGCAGACAGAAUUAGAAUUAGACUUGUGUCGGUUUUUUUUUUUUUUUUCUGUCCUGCAGAAGUGAAUGUCUUGAAGCUGAGAAUCUAGGCCGACAUUACCAUGUGAGCUAUUCUCAUUUGACAUAAAUUUUUCAUUGUAACGUCAGUGUAUUGUGUGAAAAUUGCUUUGUCACUUAACGACAACCAUUUCUAAAGCUAGAACGACAAGGUGCUUUAAUUUAAUUUUUUUUUUUUUUUUCUCGAUAAGACUAAAUGGUACCGUGCCUGGAGUGUUCCAAAAGUGCCUCAGCUGUGGUGCAGUGCAAAGCAAAGGAAGCUACGUUUGCCUUAAUUUCAUUAGUUUUGAUCUUAAACCAAAAAGGUGGGAUUGAACAACCUUUAAACUGGAGGGAAAAAGAAAGUUUUUUUUUAAUGAAAUUCAUUGUGCACAGCUAUUUUGACAGUAGCUCACAAAAUGUAACAGUGGCUGACAGAUUAACAUAUGCAGCAAAUUAUUUUACACUCACAGCUAAUUUGAAACAAACAAGCCUUAUAUUCAUCUUUCGUCUCAAGGUACAGCUAGUGUCUUUGGUUAUUUUUUCAACAUUUUCUAUGUGUAUACAUUGUGUACUUUUUUUUUAUCAUCUUCGUAAGCUGUGCUUAUAUGACCUUUUUAAUUGUUUUGUUUUCUUGAUGUCAAUGAACUGGCUUUCAUGAUGUAUUUGCUUUUUUUCGGAAUGUAGCUUAUUUUGGUCUCUGAAGCAAAAACCUACAGUACGAGUACUUUCCUCCUGUAAAGUUUACAUUGGCUUUGUAAUUGUUCUCUGUUGAUGUUAUUGUUUGUGUAACACUUAACUGCAUGACGCAGAGUGUAAUUAUAUGGCAUUAAUGGCUGCACAGGAAAUCUGUAACCUUCUUUUUCCUUUUAGUUGUUAUUAUUGCCUCCCAUAAAAAUAACUCUUACAGAAAAGAUUGUACAAUGUUAUGAUACCACUGUCGAAGCCAUUGCAUAAACCAAAAAGUCAUUUUGAAGUGGGAAUUUUUAUCUGACUGGUCCGUGCCUGUCUUUAUAAGGGCCUGAAAAGCUGCAAAAAUAAGGUGUAUUUUGUUUUGUUUUGUUUUUUUGUGGUUUGUUUUUAGCGACUUUGAUUUCCAUAUGUGUAUGGUUAUUAAAUUGGUGUUUCCUCAUUUAUUUCUUUGGAAUAAAAAGCAAUAUAUGUAGCUAUAGUCUAA